UUGUUUGUCGUGGGGCUAAGAAGCAGAAAAUUAGCCAUGAGAGGCACGAGAGACAACAAAGUCCUCUCCGAAAUGGAGACUACUAUAUCUCUACUCCCUAUCCAACCACAAUUUACAGAAAUGGGAUGGUGGCCUCUGUUGAUAUGUGUUUUUUCUGUUUCGAUGUUCUGUACUGCCAUUUAAACCACUUUGAACCUCCAAAGUCUCCAAACUUUCCAAAUGACAGCUUUCCUCUUUUUGUAACCUGGAAGAUAGGAAAAGAUCGGAGGUUACGGGGUUGUAUAGGUACCUUUAGUGCCAUGAACCUUCACUCAGGACUCAGGGAAUAUGCUGUCACUAGUGCUUUAAAGGAUAGCCGAUUUAGUCCAAUUACCAGGGAAGAAUUCAAUAAACUACAUGUCUCUGUUUCUAUACUUCGAUACUUUGAAGAAGGAGAAGAUUACCUUGACUGGGAGAUUGGAGUACAUGGAAUUCGUAUAGAAUUUACUACAGAAAAGGGUUCAAAGAGAACAGCUACAUACCUACCUGAGGUGGCUCUCGAACAAGGAUGGAAUCAUGUCCAGACAAUAGACUCCUUGCUUAGAAAGGGCUGCUUUAAGGGAGUUAUUACAAAUGAAGUUCGACAUUCAAUACGAUUAACAAGGUACAGAAGUGAGAAGAUAGCUGUAAGUUACCAUGAAUAUAAAGAAUACUUACGAGGUCGACGCUGCUAGUAUUUCCAUUACCUAGCAAGAAAAAUUGGAUUGUUCAACAUUAAGUGGGAGUUUCCACUUGGUUUGAUCUGUUAGACAAGGAUGAAUAGACUCUCAGUGUUAGUGCCUACAGUUUCUUUUUUUUUUUUUAUUUUUUUUUUUUGCCUGUGAGCAACAGUAAAAAGAUUUCAGCCUGAGAGAUAAAAAUAAAAUAUGCUUGCAAGUUACCAUUUAGUGUGAAAGUAUUUUACAUGUUUUAACUGAAUUAAUGUGAAUUAUAUGUAUGAAAAAUCAUUAUCGUAAGAUCUUGGACCCGGUGUUUUCAUUCACGUUUGUUUUACUUGUUUAGAUUAAUAGACAAUUAACUUUUGAUACAAUUUAUCUUAAUAAAAUUUCUAGUAACAUAUGGAGGUCAGUUUUUUUUUAUAGUUGUAAAUUAAAAACUGAAAAAUAAUGGGUACUUGAAUGCAAUAGCUAAGUAGCUAUGAUUAAGGUCAAGUUGUAUUAAAGUUUACUGUUGAAUUUAUUGAUGUAUAGUAUGAAUAAUCUAAGUCAUAUUUUUUUUUAUUUCCUAAAGAGUUAGUCAAAAGUUGUGUUCCAUGAGGAAGCAACAACAACAACACAGUUGCCACACUUAAAGAUGAAAGAAAUCUUCAUGAUUUUUACAAUCUGAAUAAUGUGCGUAACAUGAAAAUGCUUUAACCUGCAGAGCUGUGGCUUCCAAAUAAGGAUUAGAUCUAAUUUAUUAAGGCAGAAUAAAUAUCUGUUUGUGAAAUGAAAGUUAAAAAAAAUGAUAAAUUUUAUUCCAUUUGGUAUCUUUUCCUAGGUUUUUAAACUUAAAUAAUGUGCAGAAUAUGUUGAGGGAUAUUGUUAGCAAUCAUUCUUGCUGGAAUAAUAUAUUGGACAAAUGAGAAUCCAAUUCUCAUAUUUAACUAUGAUGCAAGGUCCAGUUAUUUGUGAUUGUGCUAUAUAUCAUUACUUCUGAACAGUGGUAAAGAUUUUCAUCAGCCAUUCUGUCCAUUCAGAAAGAGUAGAAAAUAUAUUUGUCUCUCUUCUUUUUCACAACUUUCUGAAAGCAUGAUUUUCAUAUACACAAAUACAUAUAACAACAUUGGCCAUUUGUUUUAUGUCUCUAUGUUCACAGUAGUUUUGGUGUAACAAAUGGAUUUUCAUUUUCUAGCUAUGAAAAUACCAAGUUUUAGCCUUUAACAUGUAGAUUAGCGACACAUCAAAAUGAAUAAUCUUAUUCGUGUCUUUGACUCAUAUUGACUAACACUGAUGUCAUUACACUAACACUUCAGAUUGACAUCUUUAUAUCAUUGAUAUAUAUAUAUAUAUAAAUAUAGAAUGUUUGAAGUAGAAUUUGUUACACUUGUUUUUGCAAGGCAUUGUUGUGUUGAAUGAGGUACAUGGAAAUGUUGAAGAAAAGGAGGUUCAAAAUAUGAUUAUUUAUGCUGAUCAUCUGUCUUUAAAUCUGUGUAGUUUAAGAUUAAUAAAUCAGUAUAGCAAUUCCUUCUAACAAAAUAAAAUAUGUACAUGUAUCCUCUUUCUUGAAAGUUCAUGACCAUUUACCUUGUUGCUUGUUAUAAAAUUAUAACAAAGUUUGUGCCGUGUUUUUAGUUUAUAUACUUUAUUUCAUAUAAUUCCUUGUUAUUAUACAAAACAUUUCUGUUCAUCAUCCAAAAAAGUACAUUAGGAUACAUUUGGACAAAUGUUUGAAGUUCAAGGGGUUCUCACAAGUUAAAUUGGAUCAAAGUAGAAAAUAUGGCAUAAUUUGCCUUUAUUUGAGUUAAGCCUACUUCAAUUAAUUUACAGUGCUGAAUUAUAAGACAGAUUUUUUUUUUGUAUUGCUUAAAAUGAAUUGAUUGCAUUUUUGUAAUAUUUUAUUGUUGCAGUAAGUCUAAGUAAAUUCAUUUUUCUUUUAGCUAUUGUUUGACCAUGUCACAGUAAGCAGAAUCCAGUUAUUAUUAUGAAUACCAUGGUUUUCAAGUAUAAGGGUAUUAUUGAACAAAGAAACAUUUUGAACACCUUGCACUGUGUGAUUUAGAGAAAAUAUCGUAUUGGAAAAAUUAUAUGUAUACAAGUUUUGCCCCAUUGGCUCAGCUGUAGCAGAUUUCAGAAAAUAAAUUGUUUAACCUUUUGUAAACUGGAGGGAUAUCACUGAUACACCUUGAUUUUUUUUUCCAUUCCUACAAUGAAAAUACUUGACUAAAUUGCAUGAAGGACAAUAGUAUCUAGUUUUGAUUUAAAAAAAAAUGUAUAAUUGGAUUUAGUUUUUCUGGCAUUUUUUAUGUUGUGAAAUUUCCAAAAUUUUAUUGUAAGAUGCUGCUUCGAGCAAACAUUAAAACUACUUCCUCUCAUUUUAGAAUUUCAAUUUUUUUAAUGCCGCUUAGAAAGUUUCAUUAUAUAUAUAUAUAUAACUGUCAGUUUCAACUUGCUUGGUGUUUAUUAAUUAUUUUUUUUAUACUUUAUUUUGCUAAUUGCAGUAGUUACCACUUCUGACUUUAAAUCAUAAAAAAAUCAUGUCAGGUCAGACUAAGUAAUAGUACAUUUACUUACAGUGUUCUUGGUCAAAAUCUGUAUCUAAUUAGUAUGGGUUCUGUCAUUUAUGUGCAUUGUUUGAAUAUUACAAACUUAACAGUAAUAUUCAACGAAUAAUGACUUGAGUCAUUUGAAUAUUUUGCCAUUACUUACUAUGCUCUAUAAACCUAACUAGUCUUACUUUAUGUCUUGCCAUGUAAGAAUAUUUUCUUAGUUUUCAAACAAGUAUAACUUAACAUGAAAAUGUUUCCAGGAAUGAAAAGAAUGCUUAAAAAAAAGCUAAACAAUUUCCCAGAUUUAUGGUUUGUGCCUAAGUCUUCUAAACUUCUCUUUAGAUUCCAUUUUUUCUUCUCUGUAGGAGUUAGGUACAAAACCAUAAGUUACUUCUCACAACUUUAUUCUACAUUGUUGUAAGUAGUUGAUAAUCUGCUCUAUCCAAUGAUAUUUAAAACUUGCCCAUAGCUAUUUUAAAAGCUAAGCUUUAUAAGUAGUUGUACACAUGCUGUGGGUUCAUAAAAGGUUAGGAUAAAAGUCUGUACUAAUAAAAUCGGAGAAACAGGAAAAAUAUUGUACGAGGACAAAACCUUGAUUCUCAAGGGAUGAUAGUUUCAUAUCUAGUGUAAAACUGUUUUUUUUUUGUUGUUGUGCAGAAUAAAUGUAAAAUAAAUUAAUAAAUGUGGUUUUUAGAGGAAAGAUUCUUUAGAGUUGUGCAAAAAUAUGUUGGAAUUUUGUUUAUUUUUCUUUGUGAAUUAGAUGAAACAAAUGUUAUAAAUAACAAAUUAUCAAUUCUAAAAUGUUUUUGAGUAAAAUGUUGUUGAAAUAGAGUAAGAAAUUAUCAGUUUUACUUGAAGUUUGAAAUCUGAUAUGCAGGUGUGUACUCACAUCUGAAAGUUGCUUACUGUUCUAGAUAGGGGUGUGAUAAAAAUUUGAAAAACCA